GAGGAGGCCAGGAAUCUGCGCCGCCAUGGACUACCAGCCCGUCGUCGUCAAAAAGUCGCAUCGGCCGACGGCCACGAGACACAACGCAGAGUCCAGAUACUGGCGCCAGUUCAAGCACCCCGUCUUCAUCAAGGAAUACGCACCCGUCACCUCCAUCCAUUUCUCCCCCUCAAAACCCCACAGGUAUGCGGUCACGUCCGCGACCAGGGUCCAGAUAUAUGCGCCGAGAACACAAAAGGUCACGAAGACAAUAUCGCGGUUCAAGGACAUUGCCCGGAGCGGCUGCAUACGCGGGGACGGGAAGCUGGUGGUUGCAGGCGACGACACGGGCCUCAUCCAAGUCUUUGACAUCAACUCCCGCGCUAUCCUCCGGACGCUCGACUCGCACAAGCAGCCAGUCCAUGUCACCAAAUUCUCCGCCCUGAACCAUACCCAAGUCCUCUCAUGCUCGGACGACUCGACCGUCAAGGUCUGGGAUGUCCCUUCCCAAUCCGCCGUCACUACCUUUGUCGAUCACACGGACUACGUGCGCUCCGGCCAGUUCUCCACCUCCAACCCCCACCUCGUCCUAACCGGUUCGUACGACACGACCGUGCGCUUAUUCGACACGCGCACGGGAGAGUGCGAGAUGGUUAUGGGCGGGCCGGACGCGAGCGCGGGGAGCAGGAACACCUCGCCCGUGGAGCAGGUGCUCAUGUUCCCCUCCGGCACAGUCGCGCUAUCCACCGCGGGUCCCAUCCUGCGCGUCUGGGACCUGGUUGCGGGCGGGCGGUGUACGCGCGCCCUGUCAAAUCACCAGAAGACGGUCACGUCUCUUGCGUUCGACUCCAACGCCAGUCGACUGCUGUCGGGUGGAUUGGACCAUAUGGUCAAGGUCUACGACGUGAGCUCGUACAAAGUAGUGCACACGAUGAGGUAUCCUGCGCCCGUCCUUUGCGUUGCUAUCUCGCCGGAUGAAACGCACAUCGCUGCUGGCAUGUCAGACGGCACGCUCUCGGUCCGUCGGCGGCAACCGAAAGCAUCAGAAGCCGCUACCGACGAUCCCUUCUCUGCCGCUGCCCUCCAAUCUGGGACAUUCGAAUCAUUUUUAGGCGGGUCCCUUCCAGCCAUCGGGGAGGGGCGCGUCAAGAGUAAAGUGAAAUCCAAACCCGUCGGCGACGUCGACGAACUGAAGGUGGAAAGUCGGCGAAAGAAGCGACUCAGGGAGUACGACCGACUCCUCAAAGGUUUCAAGUACUCCGCUGCCUUGGAUUCCGUUCUGAGAAAGAAUGUCCCACCCACAACAGCCUUCGCCCUGAUCCAGGAGCUCAUCCAUCGCGACGGUCUCCGCACAGCACUGUCGGGACGCGACGACGUUCUUCUGGAGCCAGUACUUCGCCUUUUAUUGAAGAAUGUCAGCGAUCCUAGGUUUGGGGAAAUGGCUUGCGAUGUCGCAGGCUUAGUGAUUGAAAUGUACGGAGCGGUAUUAGGUCAAUCGCCUCUGAUCGACUCGCUCUUCCUGCGGCUCCGGAAGAAGGUAGCCCAAGAGCUGCAAUUCCAGAAAGAGCUGCUCAAAACCAAAGGGGCCCUCGACAUGGUCUUGGGGUCAGCUGCCUUG